AUGGCCACCCCAGCAGUUUCUGGGUUCUCCCAACAGGUGUGUUGCUUUAGUACAUCUGUGGUCAGGUUGUUUGCCAAGCGCAUGAGGCCACCUGUUCAAGUAUAUGGUAUCAGAGGUUGCUAUGCUGCUGCCCUUUAUUCUGCUGCAUCUAAACAGAUGGAACAAGUAGAAAAAGAAUUGAGAGUAGCACAAAUAUUGAAAGAACCCAAAAUGCCUACUUCCAUUAUGAAGCCUUGUGUAAAGCAUACCGUAAAAGUGAAAAGACUAAAUGACAUGAAAGCAAAAGAGAGGUUCUCUCCCCUCAUGUCCAACCUGAUCCGUUUGCUUGCUGAAAAUGGUUGUUUGAACAAUAUCCCCGGAGUCAUUUUUGCCUUUUCAACCAUGCUGAGCAUCCAGUGUGGAGAAGCACCUUGCACAGUAACCACUGCAUCUCCUUUAGAUGAAGCCAUCCUUGAAUUAAAAACAGUCCUGGAGAGCUUCCUAAGUAAAGGCCAAGUAUCGAAAUUGGAAGUUAAGAUUGAUCCAUCAAGCAUGGGUGCAAUGAUUGUCCGUAUUGGAGAGAAAUAUGCUGAUAGGUCUGUGAAAACCAAGAUUCAGAAGCUGAGCAGGGCUAUGGGGGAGAUUUUCUGAAAGUGUUGAUUUUCUGUCAGUGAA